AUGCACUCGCACGGCGGCGGAGGAGGCGGGGCAGGGGGAGGCGCGGGAUCUAACAGUCCCACUGAUGCGGUGCCGACGUUUCCGGGAGCGGCCGCGUCGAACGGCUCCGGCUCCGCGACAAGUGGAACCCCGAAACCGAAGAGGAAACGGAGCAUGAUCGCUUGCAAGAACUGUAAUGAGCGCAGAGUCCGCUGCGAUGGUGCGACCAAUGGUCUUCCGUGUUCCAAUUGCAAGCACGCAGGGAAAUCCGAUUGCCAGUUUAUCGAGUCGAAGAGAGUGAGGUUCGUCGCGUGCACCCGUUGCUUCCCUUCCCAUUCCCUAGGCGCGAGAGGCCGCUUCGAGAGCCGCGAUGGAGAUUCUACUUCUCCCACCAUCGGCUCGAAACGACUGAUGACUCCGUCCGGCGGAGGUGGUGCGCCCCGGAGGAACACUACCCGACGCCAUUCCAUCAGCGGCACCGACGGCGAGGAAUGGCGCAAGCUCCUCCAGAACUCUGCGUCCGUCCACCGUUCCACGACGGGACCGGUUACGUAUCUCGGCGAAUCGUGGCAUCUCUCGUGGGUCGUGCAGGAGCAACUACCGAUAGACGAGAAGCCGCUGCACAUGCCCACGCUGAUGAUGGAGGACGACGGCGACGUGCACAACCGCGUCAACAAGGAGCUGUGGGAGAAGGGCGCUUACGUGCUCCCCCGCUACGAAGUGCGGGACCUGCUCAUCAACCAGUACUUUGAAGUCUGCCAUCCAAACUAUCCGAUCCUGUGCAAGAACACGUUCCUGCAGUCGCUGCAGAUGAACACCUUUUCGCACCAGCUGGUGCAGGCCGUGCUCAUGGUCGCCGCCACCCACUGCGACUGGGCCAUCCUCCAGCGCGCGGGGUAUGUGUCGAGGCGGGAGGCGAUCGAGGGCUUCUAUCGACGCACUAGACUGCUGUGGGAUGGAGAUGUUGAGCCGGACAAGAUCACGAAUAUCCAGACCAUGUUCCUGAUGCAAUUUUGGUGGCGCGCGGUGACGGACCACAAGGACCCGCUGUGGUGGUUGUCGGGAGCCAUCAGGAUGGCGCAGUCGAUGGGACUUCACAGGUCUGCGGAACGGAGUCGGUUGAAUAACCGUGAUAAGAGGAUAUGGAGGAGACUAUGGUGGUUGCUAUUCCUUCGGGACCGGCAGGCAUCCUCGCAUUUCGGGAAACCGAUGAUGAUCGACGAGAAGGACUGCGAUGUCGAGCCUCUGGAGCUCGAGGAUCUGGAGGGCGAGGUGGACAGAGUGCAAGCUCUGUGUCUGCUUGAGCAAGUCAAACUCGCCAAACUCGUAAGCGGCAUCACAUCCUGCGAGUUCUCGCCUGGCGCGGCCCGCGACCUGGUGGGACGCAUGCAGCUACGCGAGAGCUGUCACCACCGCCUGAGCGAGUGGCAGCAGGGGCUCCCGCCGGAGCUCGUGUACCAGUCCAACAGCAAGAACCUGUGGGCCAUGUGCUUGCAGAUCACGUUCCUGUCGCAGCUGCUGCUGCUCAAUCGGCCAGUCAUCUACACCGACAUCACGCUGCCGGAUAAGAUCCGGAAGCCGUCCGAGACGAUCGCCGGAAACGCGGCGGACGCCAUUACGAAGAUAUCGGACGACCUGGUCAAGAUGUGGGGGGCGCGGUACAUGUCGCAGCACAGCAUGUCCUGCCUCUUCGCCGCGAUGACCGUGCAGAUGAUCAAGCGGCGGUCGCCCGACCCCAAGAUCUCUCUCGACGCCGACCGCAAGCUGCGGCAGAACAUGAAGAACCUGGUACAACUCGACAAGAUCCUGCCGAUGGCGGGCUGGAUCCACCGCCGCUACUCGCGCAUCCUCGAGCGCGAGGGCGAAGACGACGAGGCCCGCAACGUCAACACGAGCAGCAGCAGGUACAACAACAGCAACACGCACAACAGCAGCAGCAACAGAUGA